CAACAACAUUUUUGACUGACAGCUGAGGUUUACAGUAAUGUGUGUCCAUCCUCUGACACACCCUCACAGCUUUCUAUAAAGCGUGAGGAUCUGAGAACCUGCUGCAUCGAGCAUCACAUUCAGCUACAGCAGAUUUUGACUUUCAGAUUUGAGGUUUAUCUGCAGAGGACCACCGUCAUGACUCCAGUUUUGCUUUUCGUCCUCUUCCUCUCUUUGUCGGCCAUUCCUCCGGGUGCUACUGAUAACGGAGAAAGACAAGAGUUUCAGGACGCCUCUGAUAUCAUCGAGAGAGCUAAUGCUAACAUAACAACGCGCAUGGUCGACGGCGACAUUGUGCAAAAUGUAAGAAGGAAUGCAGAUCCCUGCACGGCUAGAGGCUGCAAAUGGCCCAAAUAUAGAAGAUACGUCUACGUACCCAUCUACAUCUCCACCAGCUACACCUCAAGAGAGCGCAACAUCAUCAUCCGAGCCCUGCUGACCUUCCACGCAUCCACCUGCAUUCGCUUUGUCUGGAGGACCAGCCAUCGAAAUUACCUCUACUUCUACUCUGGAUCUGGGUGUUGGUCCUACCUGGGCCGACAGAGUAGAGGACAGCUUGUCUCCCUGAAGAAAAAUGGUUGUUUGUACACAGACACAGUGCAGCACGAGGUUCUCCACGCUCUGGGCUUCCACCACGAGCAUGUCCGCUCCGACAGAGACAGCUACAUCUCCAUCCUCUACCAGAACAUUGAGCCAGGAAAAACACGUAACUUUAUGAAGCGGCAAACUAACAACUUGGGUACUCCCUACGACUUCGACUCUGUCAUGCACUACGGAAAAUACGCCUUCAGCAAAAACAGGGAACCAACCAUCCUCGCUAAGAGCAAUCCGAGUCUUAACUUUGGGACUGCUCGUACGAUGAGCAAGAAUGACAUUGCCCGUGUCAACAAGCUUUACCAAUGUUAAUCAACGGAAGGAAAAGGUCGGCCUCGAGAUACUUCAACCCCCCGGCUUCUUAUGAUUCAACAGAUCUGCUGUUUAACAGUGGCUAUCUUUCUGCUGAGGUCUAUCAAUCUAGAUAGCUCAGCCUUUCUUUCAAUCAAUGGUUAAUGGGUUUAAAUCUAUCACUCACUUUACUGAUUUUGAAAUAUACACUUUAGUUUGAUGAAAAACAUGUUGAUGUAAUGAAAUUGCUGAUCCAUACUGAUGAUUUUAAUGACUUUGUAUUUGUCUUUACAAUGAAGUUAGCAAUUUGCUUAAUAAAUAUUCUGAAAAAAAUGUCAA